CAAUCAAUUUACACCGGUGCCAUUCCUUCGAGAUCCAAUCUACCUCUUACAUACUUGCCGACGCACCUAACAUCUCCUAUUUUCUCACCAUUACCAGAAAAGGCGUCUUCGUCACGCCACCAACAUACGACGCCGUUCCCCGAAUCGCAAGAGCCUGCCUCCCCUCGGAACCAACGACGGCAGAAGAUAGGGAAGGAGGAGGGUCGGCGCCAAUCGAACACGUAGCGUAGCUAGUUAGCUAGCCAGGAACAAGCCAGAUCGCCCUGGCCUAGACCGAUAGCCAAAAGCAACCAGCAACCGGACCCGCGCGAAGAAGGAGAAGAAAAGGAAAAAAAAGCCAAAAUGUCAGGCGAGGGCCCCGAAAGCAUCCCGACAUCCGCAGACCCGCGCUCCAAGCGUCCCACCAAGAAGCGCGCCCUAACGCCCGUCUCAGCCCAAGCCCACGUCGUAGAAGCGCUCUUCUCCAAGCCCGACCAAGAGAUCCGGAUCCCCGACGCGUCCGCCGCGUCGCGCAAGCGGGACCUGCCGCCGCCCCCGGAGAUCGUGACCAACGUGCAGGGCUCGAGCGCCGGCGCCGGCUCGGGCGAGUUCCACGUGUACAAGGCGAGCCGGCGGCGCGAGUACGAGCGGCUGCGGCGCAUGGACGAGGAGGUGUCGCAGGAGAAGGCCAAGGAGGAGUUUGAGAAGAGCAGGGAGGAGAGGGAGAGGCGCGACGACGAGAAGACGAGGAAGAAUAGGGAGAGGCGCGAGAAGGCUAAGGCGAGGAAGGCCAAGGCUAAGAAUGGUGGUGGUGGUGGUGGUGGUGCGGCGGAAAAGGGAGAUGGUGGUAAUAAACCUACCGUGGCUGCCGCGCCGUCGUCGAAAGGUGUUAAGGCUAGGGCUGAUGCGAAGAAAGAUGAUGCGGUAGAGACGGCGGAAAAGGCAGAUGGUGAGACGCCCGCGAAAGGGGAUGAUGAUACGCCGGUAGAGGAACCGAAGGGUAUCGUUAUCGAGGAAGAUUGAGGAACAAGGAGGGAUUGGAAUUAAUAUAUACCUAGAUACCCAAACAGUCAAUAAUCUCAAGUGAGAAAGGAGGUGAAAAGUUUCGAGCACAUGCUUAACUUAGAGAGAAGCUCUGCGUUGUUUUUUUUUAAAAAAAAAACCCGGCAUCAUGCAGCUUUAGAUCAGGUACUCAUCAUACCAGUAUAAUUGUAUUCUAGCAUUGUAGCAUCACAUAU